GGAGCGGCCGGGCGAGGCGCUCACCCCGGCUUGGCCCGUCCCGGCCCCGCAGCGCGGCGAUGGCGGCGGUCGGUGACGACGGGUCCGGCGUCGGGUCCAGCAUCGGGCUGCUCCUGGAGGCGGCCGAGUACCUGGAGCGGCGGGAGCGAGGUACCGGCACCCCGCCGUUUCCCCCGCGGCACCUCCCGGUGCCUCCCGGCGCUGCCCGCUCCCGUUGUGUCCCCACAGAGGCCGAGCACGGCUACGCCUCGCUGCUGCCCGGAGCAGGCCGAGCCCGCAGGGAGAGCCCGAGGCGCCGCGGGAAGGGCCGGAGGAGCGGCGGGGGCGGCAGGUCAACGCACAAUGAGAUGGAAAAGAACAGGCGUGCCCACCUGCGGCUGUGUUUGGAGAAGCUGAAGGUGCUGGUGCCGCUCGGCCCCGAAUCCAGCAAGCACACCACGCUGAGUUUACUCAUGAAAGCCAAAUUGCACAUCAAGAAGCUCGAGGACUACGACAGGAGAGCCCUCCACCAGAUUGAGCAGCUGCAGCGCGAGCAGCGGCACCUGAAGCGGCAGCUGGAGAAGUUGGGCAGUGAGAGGGUCCGCACCGACAGCGUCGGCUCCGCCGUGUCCUCGGAGCGCUCCGACUCGGACAGAGGUGAGACCUGCACAUCUCUGGACAGCAUCUGGAGGUCCCACUGAGCUCCUUGUGAUGCUGUUUGCUUUCUGCUUGCAGAAGAGAUUGACGUGGACGUGGAGAGCACCGACUCCCUGCCCGCAGACCUCGACUGGAGCAGCAGCAGCCCCAGCGACUCGGACGAGCGCGGCAGCCUGCAGAGCGUGUGCAGCGACGAGGGCUACGCCAGCUCGGGUGUGCGGAGGGCGAAGGCGCAGAGUGCUCACAAGCUGUGCCCUGCUCUCUAAGCAUCAGACCCCGCAGCUCUUCCACCCACCGCUCUUUCCCAGUUGGUAGCAAACCAGACCGUCCCGCAGUUCCCUUGUGCUGCUGACACGAAGUCCGCUUUGCCCCGGUCCCAAGCAGGGCUGUGGGUGCUGAGCUUCUCCCCGGAGCGCGCGGCCCAUCGCGCCCACUCGCUUCUCACCCCGUGGGGAAGCUCAUCUCAGCGAGACCGUACAUUCCAGCCCCGUUUUGGUGCGCCCGGGAAUAUCGCAGCGGUAACAGCAAUGCCGGAUGAGCUCAGCUUUCCUUUGCCUUGCUGUUACCGCUCGCUAUUCCGGAUCUUUGUAGUGUUUGCCCACUAACAAUCAGCACCAGGGCCCAAAUAUGCAUUGUGUGGGUGAGACCCAGCCUUGCCGGUAGCUUGGAGCAGGGAGAAAGCAGAGGGAGGUCUGCAACGGAGCGUCAGUCGGUGGCCUUUCCCUCCGCCGACUCUAAAAAUUCAGGGUAGCAACGGACCCCUCCUGCAAAGCAAAAGGCUCUGCUCCUCCCGGCAGCCUCGGGAUGGACAUCUCCAGCUCUGGAAGUUCCUGGAAUGCCUCAAAACCAAAUGGUGCUGUCCUUGUGCUGUGCCCUCUCGCGUUACGGCCGCGUGUCUUAGGACGGCCUUGGCGCUUCUUGUCUCUGGGACAAUUUUUUUCUACCUCGGAGAGAUGAACAAAGAUUAUCUCCAUCCCUUUAGCACAAAAACAAACAAACAAGAUGCCUCAUUUGUUUUAUAGAAGCGCUGCUUGGUCCCAUCGCAUCCGUCGCGCGCGAUUUAGCAAUAAGUGGCGGCGCUCCGAGCGGCGCUGCUGCGUGUGAAGCACUUGCCCAGCCUUGGGGUUGUGUUUGGGCGCUCUCCAUGCUGAGGAUUUGGGUUUCCACCAUAGAGAACCGCAACCAAACGCCAAAAGAAAAGGCCAACCCCUUCCCCUGGCCCCAGCACUAUGGUUUCCAGCCGUGCCGAUGCGUUGAAGCCAACAAGCCAACUCGAGCACGUGUGCGUAGAAUGUGUGGUCUACAAACAGUAUCUCCUCAUUUUCUUUGACAUGAAUGGAGUUAUGACUUCAUGCUUUAGAAGACGUUCUGGGAUCGUUUUACGCAGAGUCCUCUGAUGGAGAUGCAGAGAUUUCUUCCAGGGUUUUCCUACUCCAUCUCUCGUGCUCAACGUCGGACGCUUUGGUGAUGGGGAUGGAACGUCCAUGUGGGGCUCAGAAGCCAUUCCGACUCUUUGAGAAAACUCUUUGGAGGUAUUUAAUACCAGGUUGAAUGGGGCUUUGGGCAACCUGAUCUAGUAUGUGAUUGAGCAGUGGGCAGCCCUGCCUGGGGCAGGGGGAUUGGAACUUAAUGGUCCUUGAGGUCCCUUUGAAUCCAAGCCAUGCUGUGAUUCUAUGAAAACUCAUGGAAACCCACCCCAAAACAACAAAAAAAACAUGGAAACCCGCAGAAACCCACCUCAAGAAGGCAAAAACCCAUAGAAACCACCUCAGGAAGACAAGAACCCACGGAAACCAACUCCAAAAAGACAAGAACCCAUGGAAACUCACCCCCAAAAGACAAAAAAAAACAACAAACCAUGGAAAUCCACCCCAAAACAACAACAAAAACCAUGGAAACCAAUGGAAACCCACCCCAAGAAGGCAAAAACCCAUGGAAACCCAUACAAACCCAACCCCACGAAGACAAAAACCCACGGAAACCCAACCCAAGAAGACAAAAACUCAUGGAAACCACUCCCAAAGACAAAAACCCACGGAAACCCACUCCAAGAAGGCAAGAGCCCAUGGAAACCCACAGAAGCCCACCCCAUGAAAACAACAACCCACGGGCAAAGCUGAGUAUCUGCACUUGGAGGCGCGCUGCUCUGAUACACGAUGGCUCAAGCCCUCUCCAGCCCCUUUCUUCUGAGCACUGCCGAAAUCCCAACUCCAACCCCGGCGCGGUGGGGAUGCACUCCAAGGGGGAACAGGAGGAAACGUGCGCUUCGUUCUCCACUUAGUUGUACCGAGCGUUAAGGUUUAGACUCUUCAUUGUUAUUUUUUGUGUCGUGCCUUUUUGGGUUGACCGCGUUCUUUUGGUGAAACACCGCGUGUUGGUUUUGGUUGUGGUUUUUGUUGGUUUUUUGUUUUUUUUUUUUUCCCCCUCUUUUCAUUUGAUUUCUGUCCCGAUAUGAAGCAGUACUCCGCUGACCUUUGCACUGUUUGGACGUGCUCCUCUCCAACGCGUUGGCAUCGAAAAAAAAAAAAAAAACCCAACAAACUCAAACCUUUGGCAAACGAUGCGCUGCCGUCGGACGGGCACGAAGUUCGAACCUAAAACCACGGGCUUUUCCCCCAAAACUCCAGGUGAGCUUGGAGCAGCGUCCUGGGGCCGCCAGCCUUUCCUCGAAUUCACGGAUCCACCAGCAUUACUCAGAGAUAAGCUGCAGCAAUGAGAUUUUUUUUUUUUUGUAGAUUGUUGGAAAAAAGGGGGGGAGCGAGGAGCACCCCCUGCGUUUACACAGACGUGCGAGUCCAAACCGCGCUGCUUGGGGACGGGGAAGCCCCCAGCCCUGGGCGUUGGUCCCCAUCCCAUCUCAUCCCAUCCCCAUCCCUCAACCUGGGGCAGAACAAAGCCAGCAGCAGAGGCUUCUCCAUCCCCACCUCAGGAGCCUUCCCCACCUCAGUGGCUUUUGAUGCAUUUUCAUUGCCCUUCCCAUUGAUUUUAAUCUUUUUCCCCCCUUUUUCCUUCUAAUUUGCCCCCGAGACCCAGACCCCACUCCUUGGCUUUUUAGCAUCACUUUUGAGUUCUGGCAUCUUCUGAGCGAUAGACACAGAGUGAAAGGGGAGCAGCAGAUGGGAGGAUGCAAAGAUUUCCUUUCCAGGCGUUCAAUUCCCGUUGUACAUAGCACGUCACUAUGAAUCCUGUGUCAAGACCAUAUAAUGGUGCUUCAUUUUUUUUGUUGUUUUGUUUUUCUUACAAGUUAGCACACGCGUUUUUUUUUAGAGAGUAUGUGUUUUAGACAGACCUGGCCGUGUGUAUGUAUACUUCUGUAUUGUUGGAUUGUUAGAAAAUAAAUUAUUUCAGUACGAA